AUGUCUGCCGGGUUUCCAGAUACAGACUUCCAGGGGCCUUCGAUUCCGCACCACAACGUCUCUACGUUGUCCCAGGCUCACAACGGGCACGAUGAGUAUGUCGACGAGAAGAGCGAACUCGAGAAACAUGCAGGGACGUCUGACUCUGAAGAGCAAGACGUGCCCAUCGUCGAUCCCACGAUGCCUUUCCCUAUCGAUCACCUUGUUCCAGAGGAAACACAUCAGCUCACACUUCGUGCGUUGAUCGUUGGUUGCCUCUUGGGUUGCGUCGUCGGUGCAUCCAAUAUUUACCUCGGUCUCAAAACCGGCUUCACCUUUGGCCCUCAACUCUUCGGUGCUAUCUUCGGUUUUGCCAUCCUGAAACCCAUCUCACGUGCCAUUCCCGAGAGUGGCCUCCUCGGCAAGCUCUUCGGUGGCGACUUCGGUCCCAAGGAGAACUGUACCGUUCAGACAGCUGCGACAGCCUCCGGUGGACUUGGGAUCCUGUUCGUGUCGGCUAUCCCUGCCAUGUACCGUCUGAACCUUCUCUCGGAGCUGCCCCAGACCGACUUCGGCAAACUUAUCGCUUUGACAACCUGCUCGGGCUUCUUUGGCGUGUUCUUUGCUAUCCCGCUUCGGAAACAUUUCAUCAUCAACCAGAAGCUGACGUUCCCCACGCCCACCGCCACUGCGUUCACCAUCAGAGCUCUCCACGAUGGCAGAACUGGGGCUAUCACGGCCAGGAAAAAGGCUAUCGCUCUGAUCUCAACCUUCAGCGCUGCAAUCUCAUGGAAGGUCAUCGCUUUGUACGCCCCUGGAAUCACCUGGGAUUGGCAUAUUGGCUGGACUAUGUACAGGAUCGGUUUCACCAGCAUGAUUCAAAUGGAGAACUUCGGCUGGUGGAUCGAGUUCACGCCUGCCUUCUUCGGCGCCGGUCAACUCUCUGGAAUGAACGCUUCCUGGUCCUUCUUCGGCGGUGCCGUACUUGCUUGGGGCAUCAUCGCACCAUCCCUCAUUGCUACUGGCAGAGCCGUCGGUGUCGCUGCCUCUGAGGACUAUCCCCUCAUCUCGUACAUGUCCAUGUCCUUCGACGAUGUCGACCAGCUCAUCAACUCUCCAUCACCCCGUUACUGGCUUCUCUGGCCCGGCGUCCUGAUCAUGUUGUUGUACUCUGCGGUUGACGUCGGAUUUGGCGCUGCUGGUCCUCUCUAUCGCACGUUCAGGUCCAUUCGAUGGGUCGGCGGAAGGAAUCCUGCGAACUGGCUCUCCAGCGAGACCGAUGCGGCUUACGAUGAUCCGUCUCCCAAGGAGGACCAGGUUCCAACGUGGGCGUGGACGGGCGGUCUUUUGAUCAGUGUCAUCAUGUGCUGUGCGCUCAUGGGCACCCAGUUCCAUGUGAACGUCGGCGAGACUAUACUCGCGCUUAUCCUCGCUUUCCUCUUCUCCUUCAUCGGCGUGCAGUCUUCAGGGUAUACCGACAUCAAUCCCGUUUCCACUGUCGCUAAGGCCUCUCAAAUCGUGUUCGGUGGGAUUGGCAAGGGUGCUGGCCUGAAUACCACCGCGGGCGAGAGCCUCAACCUGGUCGCCGGUACCGUCGCCGCUGGUGCUGCCGCCCAAGGAACCGAUAUGACCGGUGACUUGAAGACCGGCUACCUCCUCCGCGCAAAGCCCAAGAAUCAAUUCGUCGCGCAACUCGUCGGAGCCAUCGUCGCCGUCUUCCUCACCACCGGUCUUUUCGUCCUGUUCACGACCGCUGCACCGUGUAUCCUUUACCCCCCAGCGACUGGCGAAUGUUCGUAUGGCGCUCCGAGUGUUGCUGCCUGGGCUGCCGUCGCUUUCGCCGUUUCGAGCCCUAGACUACCAAUCUCCGCAUCUUCGGGAUACACCGCCAUCGCACUCACCAUCGUCGCCGUCGCCACCGUCGUCGCUAAGCACCUCUGGAUCAAGCCCAAAUACCACUACCUCAUCCCGAACUGGAAUGCCAUCGGUCUCGCAUUCGUCGUUCCGCAGGUGUACUACCCCAUCGCGAUGGCCUUCGGCGCGACGGCGAACUUCAUCUGGGCACGCCGCAGCCCGAAAUCUUUCGAUAUGUAUAUGUUCCCUAUUGCCGCUGGUCUCAUGGCGGGUGAAGGUCUCGGUGGAGUCGUCGGUGCGAUAUUGGCCGUUGCGAAUGUGGAUGGGUCAAUAUACGGCACGGCGGUGGGCUGCCCUGAUUUUGCAUUCUGUGGUUGA